AUGGCCUCUCAACAAGAACAACAAGCACUCCCGCCCCGGACGAAAUCCAUCCUGGUGCUGGGCGCCGGCGAACUGGGCCUGGCCAUGCUCCACGCCAUCCUCGCACACCCGCGCUUCUCGCCCGCCACCACAACGCGCCUGACCCUCCUGAUCCGGCCGCGGAGCCUGGCGCACCCGACGCCGGCACAACAGGCGCUGCAGGCCGAGCUGCGCUCCCGCGGCGUCGAUAUCAUCGCGGGCGACAUCGAGGCGUCGUCGCAGGCGGCGCUGGCCGCGCUGUUCGCGCCGUUCACGGCCGUGAUCCACGCCGGCGGCAUGACCCUGCCGCGGGGCACCGUGACCAAAGUCACCCGGGCGGUCCUCGAGGCCCGCGUCCCGUACUACGUCCCCUGGCAGUACGGCGUGGACUACGAUGUCAUCGGCCGCGAGGGCGGGCAGGGCAUGUUCAGCGAGCAGAUCGACGUGCGGGAGCUGCUGAGGGGCCAGGAGACGACGACGACGGACUGGGUGAUUGUCAGCUGCGGCAUCUUCAUGAGUUUCCUGUUCGAGGACUUCUGGGGCGUGGUGAAGAGGCUGCCCUCUCCACCGGCCUCGUCAUCGGCGAUUGAAGGAAACAGAGCAGCAGCGGCAGCAGCAGGACGGGAAAAGAUCCAAAUCACGGCGCUCAACUCGUGGGACGACCUGAUCACCACCACCACGGCUGCGGACAUUGGGAAAUGCACGGCGGAGCUCCUCUUCACGCCGGACGCGCCCGUCAACACGCCCGUCUAUAUCGCCGGCGACACGCUGACGUACCGCGAAUUGGCGGACACGAUCGAGCGCGCCGUGGCCGAUGUGGACGUGGGCGUGGACUCGGAGGUCGUCCGCCAGGUGUGGCCGCUGGGCCACCUGCGCGCCGAGAGCGAGGCGGACCCCGGCGACAUGAUCAAGCGGUACCGCGUCGUCUUCGCCGAGGGGAAAGGGCUGAGCUGGCCCAAGGGGGAGGAGCGCACGUGGAGUGCACGGCAGGGUUUCAAGAUGGUCGGGGUCGACGAGUACGUCAGGAGCACGUUCUUGCCGUCUCUUGGGGGCGGUCGUAGUCAUGGUGAGAUGAGAUGA